GUAGAUAAGGCAGUCCAAACGGGCUUGCGAUUUGAGCUCUGCCGGCCCCCGUCUCAUUCUCCUCUGCUCCGCUUAUUUCUUCCGCGUGAUUUGGAUCAGCUGACACAACACGGAAAGAGGAGAAAGCUUAGGUAAGAUGGAGCAUCGGUCAGAAGGUGUGGGGUCUCUGUCCCCGGUGGAGGAGUCGAGCGCCGAUGUCAGCCGGGACAGCGGCAAUGUGUCGCAGAGCGAGAGCAGCGCCUCGGUAACGAGUGACGCUUUGAGCAGCGGCGUCGUGUCCCACAGCCACAGCUUCAGCAGCGGCGCGCCGCCGCUGGACGUGGAAGAGGACGAGCAGCUGCUGAGACACACUGCCCAAAGCUACUCCUCCUACCUCAGAGCCGACGUUGGGGUGGAGAUUCGGGAUCUAGAGAAGAGCUUGGAGGAGAUGCUUACCAGAGUGGAUGAGUUUGUUGGAAUGCUUGACAUGAUUCGAAAUGAUACUUCUCAGGUCGUAAAUGAAAAUCUACCUCAAAUUCACAGGAAAUCUGAAGAAAUGAGAGAGAUAUACAGAAAAAUUGAUAAAUUGGAAGCUUUUGUUAAAAUGGUCAGCCACAACGUUGGUGUGAUGGAGGAGCAGGUCACACAGGCAGAGGCUGACAUGUCCACCCUGCCCAGCGCUUUCAGAAAGAUCUUCCGCACGAUGAACGUCCCUGGGUUUCUCAGCAAACCAAGCAGCCCCAGAAGACCACAGCAUCGCCAAGAGCCUCCUCCCAUUUUCAGGACUGAAGAUUAUUUUCCUCCUCCAUCGGGAGACUUGAGAACACCAGCAGAAUAAUAAUCCUAUCUCUGGAGAUGGGCUACUGCAUCAGAGUUUGACUUGACUGGACUUUGGAGGCAACACUUAUCCUAUGGAAAGCAGUGUUACCUUUAAAAGCUUUCGACUUUCUUAAGCAAUACUUUUCUCUUUAAUCAAUAGCAUCAGAAUAAAAGCAUAUCGAGGUCAUUCAGUAGAUCAAGUGCUGGAUCCAUACAAGCAGGUGGAGGAUUUCAAAGGCAGGCUUUACCAUGGAGAAGACUGAAGCUGGAAGUUCUGAACAGUAUCUUGGCUUUGGACAAAUAUCUUGAUGAAGAUGCUGUUUAAAGUGCCUCUCCUUGUCCUUUUGUUGUCUUACAGCUCCUUCAGCCAAAUGCUGAACUAAAAGAACACUAACCAACCCUGGUCUCUGUAAGGGUGUAUGGUCCAGGCUGCUGAACACAAUCAAGAGCCCAACAUGUGUUUUGUAAAUUAAAAUGCUAACUCUUUGGCUUUUUGAAGUAACAGGUUUAGGAACUCCAAGUUGUAGAUUUAACUACUCCAGUAUUUUAUGCUAGGAGAUUCCUGCCAAGGACAAAAGCUUGUUGCAGAAGAGUUGUUUACUAAAGAAUUUCAACUAA